GAGUCUGAGCGUUAAACUUUUCUGUCCGUUCGGAGACGGAGACAAACAGCCAGGCUGUGUUUACUACACCGUUCUGCUGCUUUCCCUAAAGAUAUUCCAAAGAGCUAACAUGCAAACGAUUCAGAGACACUAGUUAACACAGGAAAGAUGGAGGACGUGGCCGCAGCCUCUGUUCUCGCAGGCCCGUCCCAGCCCACGUUUUCCCGCCCGCCGGGCUCCGAGCGCCGGAACCGUAAGUCCGGCACCGCCAACAUCUUCCAGGGCGUGAACCUGCGGCAGCUCCGGCGGCUCUUCCAGGCGGCGGGAGACCCAGACGCAGAGCAGAGGGCGCGGAUGGUGUGGGGGAACCGCAGCGGGGCGGCCGGAGAGGACGGAGCUGACCGGGAGGAGGAGGACGAGGACGGAGCCGUGGCGGAGGUGGAGACGGGUCUGGCCCAGGCGCUGGUGGGACUCAGAGUCCGAGCGCGGAACCGAAGCGGCCUCAGGGUGGAGGCUCAUAAAGACGGCACAGGAACACGAUGGGUGCGGGCGUUCGGUCAUCUCAGAAUCAACGAGGGCUCACUGGCACAAACGUCUGAAGUCAUAACUGGAGAUGAAGACAAUAACGACAAUAAUGAUGAUGAUGCAUCUGCUUUGGGAGCCUGUGGAGGGCAGAGCUCUUUUGAAGCUGGAUCAUGUGACCAAGCUGACUUCCUGCCCCCAGAGGAAGAGGCUCAGGGGCCCUCGGGCGGCCCCAGAUGGAGCUGGAACGCCGUUCAGGAGAAGGACCCGGAGCGAUACCUGCACCGGAUCCGACACUGAUGCAGCGGAGCAGUGCAGUGCAUCCAAUCAGAUUCCUGCCUGAGAGACUCGCAGUCACUGUAGAUUUACUUGAAGCCACCGCCUCAAUCAAACGCUAGUCUUAAUCGAGCAACGAUCGACACUACAGCACCUGCAGCGGCCAGGAACGCACAUUAACAAAAAUCCCGCAGGAUUACAGUCCUGUGAAACUUUAACACAUUGUUUACCGGUUUGUGACAUCCUCAGACCUGAUGGUCUACCUUGCACAACAGUCGAACACUAUUAUAGGGAUAGUUCACCCAGAAAUUUCAGUUCUGCCUCAUCUACUCAUCCUCAUGCGUUACAAACCCCAAAACACUUUCAUUCUUGUGCAGAGCAAAAAAAGAUGCUUAUGCUGCUCUUUUCUGACAAAUAUGAGUGAACUGAGGCAUUUGAGCUCCAAAAAUGACAAAAUCAUCACAAAACAUUUAAAAAUACAGCUCAUUUUUUGGGCUGAAUCUCAUAAUGCACGUAAAGAACAUUUCCCAUAUAUAUACCCCAAAAUCAAAAGAUUAACAAUGAGAUGUUUCUUUUACAUAAAGCAAAUGACAACAAAACACACUGUCAUAUCUUGCAAUGCAAUAAGGAUACAUUAUCUAUAUUGGUAAAGUAUUUAUACUAAAAAACAAACCUAAUUCCCAUUAAA